AUGAGUGAUAUCGUCCGUCCAAGUAAAGAAACUUACGACAGCGUCUUGCGUGAGAGCUAUAACCUCUGGUCAUCAUAUCUUGAUGCGGAUGAUUCCGGAACCCUCCCGUUUCACUGCAUUGAGCUCAGAAAUAUUCUCUCGCAAACACUGAGCUUUCUCGCGCACGGCAUACGGCCUGCUAACGAAUCCCUUUCGUUCGACUGUGUUGAGAAAGGCACACCACCAGGCCCAUAUGAUCUCUUCGUGAAAGGCAAAUCAAAAUGGGAAACAUCGAACGGACCUUGCGAUCUGGAGCCAAAGAUCACACUGCACCAACUCCUAUUGGCAACUCAGACCCCUCUAAAGGUUGAAUUUGCCGAUCAAACUCCUUUCACGGAAUGGCUGAUUGUCCAGGGCCUACAUGGGCACGACAAAGGCAAUUAUGUCACGGUUUUACUGCUGGCAUGGGCCUAUAUACUAUCUGUUCAGUGGACUGAGCUCCUGAGUCGCUCUUCCGAUCAUCAAUGUACGGUUGAGUAUCAAAUGAACGGAAUGAUUGCAAAAUCGCACGGGAAAUAUGAUGUGGAGGUCGCGAUUGGUGAUGAUAUUGAAGAAAGUGAAGCUCGUUGGUGGAGGGCUGUCUUGGUUGGUGAUAAGGGCUGGAGGAUAACUACAGAUUAUAAGGACAAGACCUUCAUGUCACCAUGGUCUGUAUCGAUCCUAAACGGGACUCUCAGCCAUGCAAGACCGAUUAUGUGCAACAAUAAUCCUGCACCACCCUCAUCGGAAACUGCUCUCAAAUAUUUGGCGAAGUUCUGCGCGCAUCACCGACUAUAUGGCCAAUGUUCGGCUGCUCUGGCCGCGACACUCUACAUCCCAUUACUCAGCAGUAGGUUAGCUACGCUACCAGUGCCGAAGCCAGCCACCACAGCUAUCACUCAGAUUCAAAAUCCGGCGAGCUUUGCUUUUCCUCGGGCCCAACCUUCACACAUGGAACUUGUUGCUGAAUAUAGCAAGUUUCUUUCCGCCUACAUGUCUUUGAGCUCGGACGUUUGGGGUAUGCGAUCUUUGUUGUGCAGCACUUUUUUCAAUGCUGAUAUUGAAUGCAAUUUGGUCAGUGCCUGGCUCAAUCCGGCAUUCGCCGUGAUUGACCCAAUCUUAAGAAAUGGAGACAUGCCUAAGCUUGCCGCCGUUCUUGGCAGGCGACAGCCGCGGUUAGCAACGCUUUGGCUUGGCGCAAUCAUUAUGGGGAUGGCGAAGUCCGAGUUACGAGAUAUUAAGAACGGAUUGACGGCUGUCGAUCUCCACGCAGCUGCGUGGACUGGAACCACACAGUCAUUCAUAACCUUGAACCCUGGGGCAAGUGAUGGUUGGACGAUCCGCCGUGAGGAUGAAUGCCGACUGCUAUUCCUAACUUCCAGCAAUGAACAUGCUCGCGCUCCUACAACCCCGUGGAAACCCUUUGGCGAAUCUCACCUCUGCGACACUGAGCUGGAAGUCCAGAAACAUGCACUAUGCAAUUGCCAUUACUUCAGAUACAACGCUUGGUAUUGGUGUCUCACCAACGGCGAAGAACUACAAGACCCGGGACUUGGCCAGGUUACGUCAGAUGUAACGGAGUUAAAUAUCGAGAAGGCUCGUGGAUCUCCUCCAACUCUGUGUUAUUGUCAUUCUUCUUCACAAUCAUUAUCUGAAGGAGCAACUCGUGGAAUAUUCGAAUGGUUACAGAUGACAGGAUACCCGGCACGUGAGAAGCCUUUAUAUCAACAUCCCUGGAUUGACAUCAAAAGUUCUGAUGAGUCGGAUCUCGACAGCACUGAUUCUAACUGUGGACAAUCUGCAGAUUCCAGCACCAAAUCUAUUCAAAACUGGAUUAAGGCCAUUGACUCCACACCUGAAUGA